CCAUUUUAAAGUGGUCAAAGUAUUCAACUGGGUCGGGAUUCCUAUGGGUUGUAGCCACUGAGGUAUCAUAACUGGAGACUGCAUCCAAGAUGUCCAACAGUUUUCAAGCUUAUCUACUCAUAUUUGUAUAUGCCGAUUCGUGGACCGUCUAUGUCCGAGUUGCAUCCGAUUUAUAUGAACCAACAUCAAAUGCGCAGGACUCAAUGUGCACCGGGAGCAGCAGCGACAUCAUCAGGUCAUCCAAAAAGCAUGGUAGACAUUAGAUGAAUAUAAACAUUUUAUAUCUUCGUUGUGAGUGAUGUAAAACAAAAUUGGCCUCAGCGACAAUUAUUUGAGUAAUUCAAUGGAUGUUUUGUGCACAAUGGUGAUUACUAAAAAGUCUUACGAUGAAUUUUCUAGUCUGAUUUCUCUAUGUGGCCGUCGAGGGAAAUUGUCUUUCUGGGCCGGGCAUCAGUUAAACUGCGGUACCGAAGCAAACCUGUAGGAGAAGUCGAAACCAUGCUUCUGGGCCGGAACACUGGUUGUAGCCUCAUUGCCUGACGCUUCGAACACACCGACUGUAUUUUUUGUUUUCCGAUUCACCAGAAGUACAUUAAUUUCCAAUGGAGCAUUGCGUUGCAGAGGUAGUUGCAGUGCGUUCUGUGUGGUCGAACGUAUGCAUCAAAUUGCAUGUGUAGACUUGACAGGAAGUAGCAAAAUGUGAAUGUUGAAUUUUUGUUGCACACAUAUCCAGUAAACAAAAUGUGUGAUUUACAUAAUAAAAACAGUUUGACUGGAGAAUUUCAUUACAUUUUUUUAUUCAUUUAUUUGCCAAGGAUAUUAUUUAUUCGAUGACAUCCACAAAUUAAUUGUGAGAGACUAUAAUAUAAUUUCCCUCAAAUGCAGUUUUGGCGGGAAAUGCAAUAAUACAUAGUCAAGAAAGCAGAGUAGGCUCUUUCAACAAUGAGACCAACGUUGAAGAAGGUGGUCUUGAUCGCGCCGUUGAGCCGUGACCAGCCCCGCCGAAAGCGCAGGUCUGUGUGGUCCCAGAGACGGUUAAAGUCCCGAAAGCAGGCAGGGGAGUUCCACCGUCUCAUUCAAGAGCUACGAAUGUUUGGAGAGGAAUUCCGAAGUUACUUUCGUCUGGACCGAAGCCAGUUUGAUCACCUGCUCCAGAUGAUUGGAGCCAGGAUCGCCCGGAUGGAUACCAACAACCGGGAGUCCAUCAGCCCAGUUGAACUCCUGGCGAUUUGUCUCCGAUUCUUCGCGAUAGGGGACUCCUACAGGACCAUUGGAUUCAGCUUCCGAGUUGGACGGUCCACGGUGGCAGGCAUUGUCCCCUCUGUGGCACAAGCCAUUUGGGACUGUCUGGUUGGUGAAUACAUGCCUGUCCCCAAGGAGGAAGACUGGAGGGCCAUCGCUGCCGAGAUCCUGGAGAGGUGGAAUUUCCCCAACUGUCUUGGCUCCAUUGAAGGGAAACAUGUAGUAAUCCAGGCUCCACCGUGCUCAGGUUUGCAAUUCUACAACUACAAGAGUAUAUAUUCAGUUGUACUCUUGGCUGUCGUAGAUGCCAUCUACUGUUUCCGUGUUGUCGAUGUUGGUGCUUACGGGAAGGGGAGUGAUGGCGGGACCCUCCGGGACUCUGCCUUCGACCAGGCACUUCAGGAUGGCACCCUGGAGAUUCCACCACCUGCAUCACUCCCUGGAGCUGAAGACCUGGGACCUGUUCCCCACGUCUUCGUCGGCGAUGAGGCCUUCCCUUUAAGAUCCAACCUCAUGAGGCCCUACGCUGGACGCCAGCUGCCAUUGCCAAAGCCUGUAAGGAUCUUUAACAAACAAUUGUCCAGGGCAAGGUUAGUUGUUGAAUGCGCCUUUGGGAUUCUGGCAGCCCGGUGGAAAAUGUAUUGGAGAGUGCUUGGUCUCAGCCCCUCAAAUGUCGAUGAUCACACCGACAGCGUUAUUGCAUUUUGGUUCACCAGAAGUACAUUCAUUUCCAAUGGAACACUGCGUUUGCCUUGCAGUAUUGAGUUGCAGAGGAAGUUGCAGUGCGUUCUGUGUGGUGCAUAUGUAACAGUUAUUAAAAUACUUUGUGACUUUCAACAGGUUCAUAUAUUAAUAUAGCAUGUUGAUUUGUUAUUAUGCAUGCCUGUGUAACAGUAUAGCUUCCGUCCCUCUCCUCGCCCCAACUUGGGCUCGAACCAGGGACCCUCUGCACACAUCAACCACAGUCACUCACGAAGCAUCGUUACCCAUCGCGCCACAAAAGCUGCGGCCCUUGCAGAGCAAGGGGAACAACUACUUCGAGUUCUCAGAGCGAGUGACGUCACCGACUGAAACACUAUUAGCGCGCACCACCACUAACUAGCUAGCCAUUUCACAUCGGCCACACCUGCAUCCUGGGAAAUAGGGGAGCACAUACCUUUUGCCCCGUGUGCUUGUGCUCAAAUCAUUUUAUUGCACUUGGAGAGUUUGGCACACUUUUUCUGUCAUGUUCAGGAAAGUUAGAUUCCUUUAAGUACAGAGUCAUGAAUAAUGUUGUAUAUUUAGAGUUUACUCAUAAGUGGAUGGUAUUGUAAAGAUGCUAUUGUAAUUGUACUUGUUAGGAUGAUAUUAACAUUCUGAAUUCAACAUGUGGUUACGAGCUAGCUAAGGUACUGUAUGUGUUAUUGUAGCUAUUGUGUAUUGUGCGUCUAUGUUGUAGAGAGAAGCGACGAUUGGCAGAACAUAUUUGUUCUCUACAAGUGUUUUGCCUUUUCUUUUGGAUGCAGGUAUGUGGUUUUAUCUACAGUGAGGGGGGAAAAGUAUUUGAUCCCCUGACGAUUUUUUUGUACGUUUGCCCACUGACAAAGAAAUGAUCUGUCUAUAAUUUUAAUGGUAGGUUUAUUUGAACAGUGAGAGACAGAAUAACAAAAAAAAUCCAGAAAAACUUGUGUCAAAUGUUAUAAAUUGAUUUGCAUUUUAAUGAGGGAAAUAAGUAUUUGACCCCUUCUCAAUCAGAAACAUUUCUGGCUCCCAAGUGUCUUAUACAGGUACACGAGCUGAGGUUAGGCUCAAAUAAUUUUUUCCCUCACUAUAUGUAAAAUGAGCGUUGUGUUGAUGCAUUAUAAGGAGAGGCUGUUCUCACUUUUGUAUUUUAAAAUAAUUGAUGCACUUGGAGAGAGGCAAAGUUUGGCAGAAGAUUUGUGCUCUACAAAUGUUUUGGCUAUUCUUUUGGAUGCAGGAGAGAACUCUGAUACA